CGCGCCGUUCCCGCAAUUUCGCAUAAAUUGUUGAGACACACCUCUAAACAAGAGAACGUAAAGUUUUCAGCUAUUUACGGUCGAAGACGGGAUGUUUUAGCAGAAGUAUUCUAGAUUCACACGAUAGAGAACACAGCAAUUUUGACGGACUGGGUCGAGGAAACGAAACGUAAACCAAGCAAGAUAAAUGUUGCCUUAUCGGCUCGCUUGUCAGGACUGUGGUGUGAGGUUUGACACCAUCCGCCGUUUCAAGCAGCAUGUCCGCAGGAAGCAACAUCAACAGCAAGUGGCAGAGCUCUUCCAGACAGAUGAGUACCACGGUCAAGUUUACUUUGCCCCUUUCUUGGUUCUGGAGCAUCUGGCCAGGAAACCCACAAACACCCCAUAUCCCAUCAUCGGUCUGUGCCUGGUGACAUUGUGUGUGAGUCCAGAGGGGAGGGAUACUUUCUACCUUUGUCACAGUUGUGAGGAGAAGUGUGGCCCAGGACAGAUCAUAGACCACCUCCUCUCUGCUGACCACCUCUCCAACUACUAUAGCUACACAGACCCUGAUGUGUUGAGUUUCUCCUGGAUGCCUAACAUGGAUAUGUUGAACCUCCUACGGCCGUUAGCUGUCAAAGAGAUGGACAAGAAUGGACCUGGAGUGCUACGGGUGCUGGACAUGCCUAAGAGUGUGUCUGUGAAGUUGAGGACAAGUGGCUACUCUAAAGUCAUGCAGGCCCUGACUCAGACUGACAGGCUGGCUGAGUGUAUCAGAGCUGACAGACCAGAAAGGAUGACUAUACAAGAGUACCACAGAGACCCCAACAGGAAACACCCUCUGCUGGGUCUACAGCACCUGGUGGAGUACUGCUGUGAAGGGCAUGACCAAAGGAAAUCCUACCUCUGUCAGCUCUGCCGCCUCCCUGUCCCCUCACGGAGGGUCAUCAAACACACACUCGGCUUUGACCACCUCUACUGGUACUUUAAGGUGUUUCACCCCUCCACCCUCCUGAUGAAGGACUGUUAUAAAGAGUACAGCUGCAGGUUCAUCGCCAUGAUCCUGGACCUGGCCAAUCAGGUGCAAGACAUCAGUCAGUCAGCCAAUAUGGAGAUACAGCAAGUUGUGUUGGAACCAGCAGUGUUCUCCUCAGUUGAGUUUUCUGUCUACACAGAGGCUCUGAGGAAGUUGCAGACCAUUAGGAGAGCUCGUAAGGAGGGCAGCCUUAAGACCAGCAUUAUACCUGGAGACAAACUGGUUCCUUCCUCAGAAGGGUCAAAUAUUACCAAAGAUGUUACCAUGACUAACGUUGCUGAGGCUGUUCCUAUGGAGACCAAGUCAAGCCCAGAGAAGACCUAUGUCACACCUACAUCUGUUGAGACUGUAGCUACAGCAAGUACUGCUCCAGUUGUUACCAAAGCUACUAGCCAGAGAGGGACCUGUCGACUGCACUGUCAGGACUGCAACGUGGUAUGUGAGUCUGUGUCGCAGUACAAGUUACAUGUGCGUCACUGGAAACACAAGGAGAUGCUAGGAGUUAUCUUUGAACCAGGGGACGAGGACAGUAAAGCCUGCAUCCCAUCCUUUACCUUGUAUGAGUACAUCCGGAACUCAGAAAGAACUGAACCAAUUAUUGGUGUCUAUCUGUUGGUGAUGUGUUUGAGUACUGAGUGUUGGAAAACGCCCUUCUACCUCUGUCACACCUGUCAGGAGAUAAUCCCUGCCAAUCUCAUCAUGACUCACCUCACCUCCACACUCCACCUUCGACGCACCCUGAUGUACCAGAGUCCGCAGUGUCUGCCAUUCGGGUGGGGGACAGAGAUGGGCAUGGAGGUCCUGAAGACUUUGGCCUGGGAGGAGGAGAGAGUCCGAGGAGAGAGAGACAAUGUACUGAAGGUGUUUGAUAUUCCUGACAGUGUUUUCCACAGCAUUAAGAUGUCCUCCUACUCCUCCGCCAUGAAGAAACUCAAGAACUUCCAUCGUUAUCUAAAAGUUGACAGGCCGCUGACGUUUUCCGCCCAUCUGAAAAACAAAGACCGGAGGAUUCCUAUGCUGGGUCUGCAGUUCCUGGUUCAGUACAGUGUUACUAGGGCCGGGGCCUCGUCUCCAGGCUGGGGCUUCCUGUGUUUGUUGUGUGAGAGGAAGUUGUCAGACGGACUCAGCAUCGCUCACAUACACAGCUAUGAACAUGUCACCGCAUUCCUGGAGCGUGCCCAUCCAGGCUCUGUGAAAGAGGUAGAGGAGUCUGAUAAGAGGAGCGAAAUACUGCUGGACCUGGCACAACAGGCUGAGAAAAUACAUGCCAUGGGGUGUCUACAGUUCAUGAUGUUGCAACGCUACAUCGGGGAGUCAGUCAUCUAUGAGAAAGCCUUAGUGAUCUUGAAGGCGAUCAAGAAGAGAGAGAACAUGGGAGACCUGAUGCCCAUGCUACCACCUGGCAAGAAACUGGUUCCCUCCAGUUCGAUCAGAGACCAGAGCCAGACUACCCCAGAACCUGCCCCUACAUCAGUAGGAGAGGAGAAACCAACCAGGAAAGAGACUGACAAAGACAAUGAGACCGAGAUGGACAGAGAGGCCACCCCCGAAACCAUUCAAAUGACCCAGGAGACUGGGGUGGAAGUGGACAAACGCAUUGGCAAAGAAACCUGCAGAGAGACCAGUAAAGACACUGGCAGAGAGACCAGUAAAGACACUGGCAGAGAGACCAGUAAAGACACUGGCAGAGAGACCAGUAAAGACACUGGCAGAGAGACCAGUAAAGACACUGGCAGAGAGACCAGUAAAGACACUGGCAGAGAGACCAGUAAAGACACUGGCAGAGAGACCAGUAAAGACACUGGCCGAGAGACCAGUAAAGACACUGGCCGAGAGACCAGUAAAGACACUGGCCGAGAGACCAGUAAAGACACUGGCCGAGAGACCAGUAAAGACACUGGCCGAGAGACCAGUAAAGACACUGGCAGAGAGACCAGUAAAGACACUGGCAGAGAGACCAGUAAAGACACUGGCAGAGAGACCAGUAAAGACACUGGCAGAGAGACCAGUAAAGACACUGGCAGAGAGACAAUAACAAAAGCUAGUCAAGAGACCAGGAAGGACAGCAGAAGCAGAGGGAAAGAUAAGGAGGCGGAAAAGAUAAUCAAGGAGAUGGAGACUGGCAAAAAAGAGACCAGUACAGAGACUGUCAAAAAGUUAGGGAGUAAGACUAGAAACAUGACAGUCCAUGAGACCAGCAAAGACACUGGGAAAAUGACCAGUACAGAGACUGUUAAGGAGACUGAGAGAGAGACUAGCACAGACAUGGAGAGAGAGACCUGUAGAGCUGUUAGUAUUGUGGCCAGUAGAGCCAGCAAUAGAGAAACCAAAAAAAAGCCAGAGACUUGUAAAACACCUGAAAAGAAGACCAAUACUCAGACUGUGAAAGGAAAAACUAAAGUGACUCCUCCCCCCAUCUCCCCUCCAACCACUAAUCUGUGGGAUUUCCUGAAGAGGAAGAACCGAGGGGCUGUGAUUGGUCUGAGUGCACUCAUCGAGUGCCACAGUCACGGCCAGCCCCCCCUCUACCUCUGCCAGGUGUGUGGGUGUAAAGUCUUCCAGAACGCCAUCAUCGUCCAUGUAACCACAGACUGCCACCGACUUUCCUACCUGAGGUCGCUGAAGACAGUGGUUGUCCCCAAAGGGAACCAGCUCCAUAAGAAGUUGAGGAGAGCUGCCUUGAAGCUGGAGAGGACCAUGGGAUAUGGAGAGGCUGAGGCCGUAGGCGAGGUCAAGGAUAGCAGGGUUCGGUACACGAAUCGGGUUCUCGGUAGGUCCAGGUCCAAACGCCAACAGGUAACGGAGUUGGAUGCACACACUUACAAUUUUGUUGCAGAAAGAUCCUUUGCCAUUGGCCUGAACAUUGUAAUGAAGGUCAUAAAUGGUGACCCUUCACCUGACCCCCGACUGUUGGUCAGCCCUAAACCCCCUGACCCCUCACCCCAGGUCAGCCCUGACCCCUCACUCCAGGUGUCAGAGGUUAGCAACCCCACCAUGACCUCUACAGCUCUGUGGUCCUACCUGAAUGCCUCCACCAGGACACAGCCUGUCAUCGGUGUCAGUAUGUUGACAGAGUUGCCAGACAGACAUGGUGACUACUUCCUCUGCCGCUGCUGUUCUCACAGGAUGUUUACGUCAUCCCUCAUUGGACACCUAAUCUCUGCUCGACACCGCUACCAUUACAUAAAACUAGUGUACCCUGAGCUGGCUGCUGAUUGGCCAGUGAGCCCAGAGCUGACGGUGAAGGCGGGGCCUCUUCAUGAGGAGCUCAGAGUGAGAGCUGCAGAACUGGAGGCACAGGAGGGACUAGGACAGCUCACGGUGGUAAAGAGAGAACCUGCUGCUGGAGACACAACCACUACCAAUACUGAAGAGACUGCCCAGCAGAGCCAGAACGGCUCACCUCCUCUCACUGUGAAAGAGGAACCGGUUGACUCCACAGUACCGUCCCAGCCCCCUAGAGGAGAAAAGAGGAACAAGAGGAGGAGCAACCCUGUGGUUGGUGUGAACUUCCUGGUCCAGGUGUCCCACAGGAGAAGGAAACAGUACUACUGUCAGCUAUGUUCUGUCAGGAUGAAACACGCUAUUGCUGAUCACAUGACCAGCCUCAGCCACCGACACAACUAUGUGAAGUUGAAGUACCCUGGUUGGACCUCCAGCCCGGUAGAGAUGGAGAAGAAGCUGUUCAAAAUGGCCGUUCACCUGGAGAAGGUCGACAGAGACGCAGGAAUGGGCAUGCAGAAGGUAGAAGUGGAAGCUGAUGAGUACAAAGAGCUGUUGUCCUUUCCUGUGGAGGAAGGUGUCGGUAAACUGCAAGCCAUCAUCAGACGGCAACAAGAGCCAUGUGAUCUGAGACACACAGCUCCCUCGACCAAUCACAACCCAGAGGAUCUGAGACAGACAGCUCCCUUGUCCAAUCCCGAUGCAGCCCAAUGUCCAGCACAAGGUAUGUGUGGGGCAGAGUCACGUGAGACCGAGGGAGUGUGUCCUCUCCCUGUCAGUCUAUCAGAUGAGGAGAAUGACCAGACUCUCCUGGUUCAGAUCUCAAACCAGGAACCCCUACAAGUACCUUCCCCGUUCCUCCAGGAUCAGCCAUCCCUUACUUCCAUCCCUCUCCCACUUUCUACACCUCACCCUAUCCCCCUCUCUUCCUCAAUCCCUCCCUCCCUCUCUCCCUCAAACCCCUUUUCUACCUCUCUUUCCACAGUUGUCCUAUCUACCUCACCCUCCCUCUCUUCCUCCAUACCAUCCCACACCCCCUCGUUGUCCACAGAGAAGACGACGCACCCCUCCACUGUCUCUGUCCCUGUUCCUGUACCUCUCUCAGCUCUGAGGAGCUCAACACAUUUGAAGGACUGGGAGACUUCUCUGAGUCCAGAGUGGUGGGAGAGGAAGAGCCCAGAAUGCAGAGAGACGCAGACGCUUCUAGAAAUACCAGACAGACACACUCUUCUGGAAUACUCGGACAGAGACAGACAGAUUGAAUACUCACCGAGAGACCGACAGACUGCAUACACUGAGAGAAACCGACAGACUCAUCUAGAAUACUCUGAGAGAGAGAGACAGGCAGACUACUCAGAGAGAGACAGAUGGGCAGACUACUCAGAAAGAGACAGACGGGCGGACUACUCCGAGGGAGGCAGACGGGCGGACUACUCCGAGGGAGGCAGACGGGCGGACUACUCCGAGGGAGGCAGAAGGGCGGACUACUCCGAGGGAGGCAGAAGGGCGGACUACUCCGAGGGAGGGGGGCGGACUACUCCGAGGGAGGCAGAAGGGCAGAAGGGCGGACUACUCCGAGGGAGGCAGAAGGGGGCGGACUACUCCGAGGGAGGCAGAAGGGCGGACUACUCCGAGGGAGGCAGAAGGGCGGACUACUCCGAGGGAGGCAGAAGGGCGGACUACUCCGAGGGAGGCAGAAGGGCGGACUACUCCGAGGGAGGCAGACGGGCGGACUACUCCGAGGGAGGCAGACGGGCGGACUACUCCGAGGGAGGCAGACGGGCGGACUACUCCGAGGGAGGCAGACGGGCGGACUACUCCGAGGGAGGCAGACGGGCGGACUACUCCGAGGGAGGCAGAAGGGCGGACUACUCCGAGGGAGGCAGACAGGCGGGCUACUCCGAGGGAGGCAGACAGGCGGGCUACUCCGAGGGAGGCAGACAGGCGGGCUACUCCGAGGGAGGCAGACAGGCGGGCUACUCCGAGGGAGGCAGACAGGCGGGCUACUCCGAGGGAGAACUGGACGAAGACCAAGAACACACACAUCAUCACAGUGAACACACACACUUCGAGCAGGCCCCAGCAAGCUGGCUCAGUGUUCCGCAGGUAUAUCUGCUGCCGGACACACCCGCAGCAAAGAGGGUUGUCGGCCCCAGCCACCUGUCCAAAUACCUGAAAGUGAAGGGCCUUCACAACACAGAACCGAUCAUAGGUCUGGGCAGUGUGGUGGAGUGUAGAGGUAUAUCCCAGGCUACGUUUUUCAUGUGUGUAAGCUGUGCUGAGACUCUCUCCAGUACACACAUCUGUGAACACAUCAUCAGCGCGCAACACCAGCAGUGCUACAUGUUUUCCCAGUAUAGUCCUAUGCGCUGUGAUUGGUUGAGAGAGCAGCAGCAGCCUCCGAGUCCACAGCUCCUCAGGAAGGUUGCUUCAGCACUGUCACAACUGGAGGUGGAUCUAGAUGCACAGGUGAUGCUGCUGGAUCAGAUGUGGUAUAACCUUGUGCAGUCAGCUCCAUUCUACGAAGCCAUGUACAUGCUGCAGGAACAGAAUCAGAAUGCCCUGUGUCUACACACAGCAAGCAGACAUCAGCUUUUUCCCCCAGUUGGUCCUGACCCAGCAAUGGAGCAGGGCUUUGACCAGAACCACAGAGUGAUGUAUAAACUGACCAUGGAUCAGAUUGAGCCCCAUCACCCCCUGCAUACAGCAGAUACAGUGGCUGGUAAACUGACUGGAGAUCAGCUGGAGUCAGGCCAGUGCAUACAGACCGCAGACAGACGGCCAGAUAAUCAGAACCCGGAUCAGCCCCAGUGGAGCCAGAGCUCAGAGAGAACAGAGAUGGUCCCUGAGCCAAUAAGAGCCAAGACACCACAUAAUUCUGAGCCAAUCAGAGACCAGACACCACAGAACAUUGAGCCAAUCAGAGCCAAGACGCCAAAGAAUUCUGACCCAAUAAAAUUCCAGACACCACAGAACACUGAGCUAAAAAGAGCCUGGAUGCCACAGAACUCCUCAGAACCACAUCUGGACCAAGACAACACAGUCAUUGUCAAACAGGAGCCUGUGGACCCCAAGGUGGAACCUCAGCCCCAUCCUCAUACCCAGCCUGAGGUGGAUCCCUUAAAGGAUUCCCUGUAUAGACACAGAGUCCAGUUCUCCCCAGAUGUACAGAACCUGGCUGGUGUGUGUGAGGUGGAGUACCAGGGGACCGUCCUAGGACACAGCCAAGAGGUGACACGAAUAGGAGGGGCCACAGAGAACUCCCUUCACCCCACCAAGAACCUGAGAGAAUGCGUCAACAACAGCCUGCCUUUGGUCGGUCUCAGUGCAAUGAUAGAGUGUUGCAGUGAGGGCCAGGUGUCCUUCUACCUGUGUGUGUCGUGUGGCAGCAAAAUUGAAAAAACUCUACUCAUCAGCCACGUCCUCAAAUACAGACACCGACAGCUGUACCUGACAAUGAGGUACCCGUGGUAUUUCCUUGGUGUGGUACCAGCCCGAGGGUUGGCAGAACAGUCCAGACUGAUGCAGAUUGCUAAAGAGGUGGAGGAGCAGAACCAUGAUGAGCCUGGCACGCUACAGGAGGUGAUUCUGGCCCCUGCUGACUUUGACGAGAUCAAACGGAUGCUGUUUGAUAAAGCUGUAUCCCGUUUGCAGGAGAUCUGUAGAGAGCAGAACCAGACUGAACUCCUCACCAUGGUCACCAGCAAACCUGAACCAAUAGUGGUCAAGCAGGAGAUUGUGGAGUGCCAGGUGGUCUCCCAUCAGGCCUUGGGGCAAUUCCUACCGCCACAGAGAUGUAGGAGAAACACGGGAAAACGUUGUUCUAACGUUGAGGGGUCAGAGGUGAGGGGUCAGCAGCAGGUGAAGAAGAGAAAGGUGUCUAGCCCCCCUGAGGGUCACACUGCCCCUGUCAUCUGUCUAUCAUCUCCUGAAGUCACCAAGUCUUCUGAAACACACGCUGUCAACCAGACACACACCAUCACACCCUCACCCACACAAUCCAACACUAAGCCGAAACUCACAUACACACACUCUGACUCUCAAACUAAACUUAAACCUUCACGCACACACCCCAAACCCAGUUCAACAGCCCCAGAAUAUACUAGACCCAAACUCAUUCCUCAUUCUGCCACCAAGCCCUCCGGUAUCCCUGCCGACAGCCUGACUGUUGCCAAAGAGUCCUCUAGCAAGAAACCCACUCACACACUGUGCAAACCCACACACAAACUAUCCAAUAGCCAGAAGCUCACUGACAAACAUUCGGACAAGAAUGAGUCUCAGAAACACACUGAAAAGGCUAAACCUACUCGCACACACAGUGAACGCACACACAGAAACCGCACACACACUCGCAAACACAGUGACCUCACACACACUGACAAAGCCAAAGACGGACACAGUGACAGGACCAAACGCAGACACAGUGACCGCAAACGCACUAACAGACAUUCUGACCACUCACGCUCUCACACCCGCUCUAAGAGACAUAAUCGUAGCUCCAGCCGUUCCUCCAAAGCCUCCCCCAGAGCUAGUCCCUCUGAGCCCCCCCUGCUCUCCCCCUACUCCCCCGCAGCAUUCUCCCCCACCAGAGUCACUUCUGCGGCGAGCCUAAGCCAGGUCAAACCCAGCCAACCUUCCUGCCUAGUCAACAAACUACCCAAACAGUCCAGCCAACCAACCAAGAGACCUCCCAACCCAACCUCAGCAGUCAGACCUCUCCAGACCCAGGCCAUCCCUCCCAACAACACCUCUUACCCACACCUGCACCCAGAAAGAACCGGACCCAUGACCCCCCCACUCGGACCCAUGACCCCCCCACUCGGACCCAUGACCCCCCCACCCGGACCCAUGACCCCCCAACCCCCGGCAAUCCCUCCCUGCCUCACUCCUCCACCUCCACCCCAUCCAGAUCCUGUCUACGCCUCUGGGGUUAAGAAGAAGACUUCCAUCGUAGACUGUGAUCAAUUUGUGGAAUACUUUGUCUCUUUGUUGCGCUCCCCCCACUUUCCUCCUGCCCUAACCACCCCAGAGAGUGCAGAGAGCGCUGAGGCUCAUACCAGGGCAACAGGCCCUAACCCUGGAGGGGAGAAGAUGAGGGGUGACUCAAAAGGUCAUGCCAUCGCCAUAGUGGCGGCAUUACCCAACCCGCUAAAAAGGAAGCUAUCUCUACAGGAACCCGAGGACAGAGACCCCUGGAACUACGAGAGCCGACAGUUCACUCCCAACUCCAAACCUAACCCCAACUUCAAACCUAACCCAAACUUCCAGAACCCUGACUCCAAACCUAACCCAAACUUCCAGAACCCUGACUCCAAACCUAACCACAACUUCCAGAACCCUGACUCCAAACCUAACCACAACUUCCAGAACCCUGACUCCAAACCUAACCACAACUUCCAGAACCCUGACUCCAAACCUAACCACAACUUCCAGAACCCUAACUCCAAACCUAACCACAACUUCCAGAACCCUAACUCUAACCCCAACUUCCAGAACCCUAACUCUCACCCCAACUUCCAGAGUUAUACCCCCACUACCAAUGCCACACUAGCCCAGGGGGGUUACACUGGAGGGGUUACAGUUUCUUCUAGCCCUAACCCCACUGACCCACAGCCCCCAGAGAUUCUACCUGGUUACACCUACCCUGGUUACACCUACGCUGGUUACACCUACCCUGGUUACACCUACCCUGGUUCAGGUUACGCUGCAGUUGUCAGUGUUAGUCAGUUCACUUCCAACUCCCCCAUUAACCCUAUCCCCAGUCCCAGUAACACACAGUCACAGGCAAGGUGGUCUGGGGGCAACUGGGGAACAGGCUACCCAGAGGCAGGCUACCCAGGGGCAGGCUAUGUUACAACAGGUCUAGCUGGUACUUCCUACCCUGGAGCUGUCUCUUCUGGAAGUGGACCUGGCUACCCUGGAGUUCUGCUCUACCCAGAGAUGGGCUACUCAGACAUGGACUGCCGUGGACAGGCUUACCCUAGGUCUAGGACUGGACUCGGCUCUACUGGGACUGUUAUGCCCCCAGGAAGCCUCUACUCUACCACACCAUCUCCAGCCAACCCCAGCUAUUUGGCCUUGACCCAGCCAUCACUUGACCCAGCCAGCUACUCCGCCUGGACUGCUACUGACACCGGGGUUGCCAUUGAAACCAGCACAGCAGAGUAUCUGCCACGCCCUCAGUGAGGACCCCGCCGGCUUGGAUUUCCUUAACGUGAAGCACUGACUGCUGGACAAUCGCUGGACAUGGAGGAGACGUAUACACACACACAGAUUGAUAAAGUAAAAUUUUGUUACCGAAUGUCAGUUUUAAAAUGAACAUUCUUGGUUUUCCUCUUUUGUGUUACUUACCCUCUUGCCAGAGCUUGAUCUGUCGCUGGUGGCUCAGCAGAAGUAGUUACAUCCCUGUGGGAGGGGCCUGAUCUUGUCAGAAUAAACUCCCAUCCAAUCACUUGAAAGCUGUUUAGUUUCAAUGACUACUGAUUGUGGCAUAAGCAAACAAAACUAUAUUUUUUUAUGUUUACUACUAUUUUUUUACAUUUACUUUUUUAAAGAUACAAGACAAUAUAUUUUAAUUGCAAACCAAGCGAAUGUUAUACUCAAGCAAUGUUCACCAUUUAAAUAAGGCAUAAAAGAUUCAGUUGAUGUUGAUGUUUUCUUGAAUGUGGAUUAUUAUGUUUAAUGUGAAUAUUAUUUUUGUAUCUUAUACAUUGGUAGCCCUUUACUCUCGUACCCGUAUACAGAUUUGGGGCACUAAUAAGCUCCUAAAUUGGAACGUAGUGGCUUUUCAGUAACAUGCUAUACAUGACGUCAGAGUCCUGGCUGUGUGCCUCACAGCGCUGUAUGGGUUUUGACUGACAGCCGUUCUGAACUUGAGCACCGUGCGCAACAAGAAGUUGCCCCCAUCCCUUCCGGUAACUGGCCAACUUUUGAAAUGUUUUUGUUGUCUGAGUGAGCAAAAUGCUAUACAUUGAGAUUACUUGUAUUUUGAAAUAUGAGAAUUUGAGUAUUAUAAUAAAUACCGCUUUGAUGUCAUA